AUGGAUUCACUGGUCUCACUGUUUUCUUACAUCUCCAGCUACGCUAUCAUUAAGGAUGUCUACCAGUGCCAAAAUGAGCACCGAUUCUGCUACGGUUGUAUUUAUACGUGGGCUUCGGGUCGUACUGCCGGGCAUGACUGCUGUCCGAUCAACGAGCGUAUUAAGAGUAAGCGAGUAAAAUGCCGCCACGACAGUUGCAACUGGCUCGGUUUUCUGCGUGAGUACGCCACCCAUACGCAUCGUUACUACGAACCCAAGGAACUCAAGCUCUUCUCAAACAGCCUGAUGGAGCGGCUACAGAGUAAAUCACCCUCACCGACGCCUACAGGUCUGAUUAAGGCAACGCCGCUCAGUGUUAGUCCGGAGGCCUUUGACCAGCUUCCCUCGUCCUCACGCCUACCCAUCCCUCUUGCGCUUUCCUUGGUGCAGGCCAGUGCGUCUGAGGUCAACCAGCGAGUACAUAAUCGCGCUCGGGUCACGCGUAAUCCGCCGCCGGCUCCU